AUGGGCUCCGGAUUUAUUCAAUCAGUGGUGAUCGUUGUGAUCCUUUGUGUCAUUACAGAAAUCUCCUCUAAAGUGGAGUUCACGAACAUCAAUUGCACUUCCCAUGACCUUGAGUAUAAUAUCUUUGAGGAGUGCUUUAUAAAAUCGGUGAAUAGAUCCUACAAAUUUAUCACCGUAAAAUCAAGAAUGCUUCAAUUACCCAUUACCAAUGCAACAAUCAAAAUAGCACUUUUAAAGCGAUUAAGUGGCUAUAAGCCAUUCCUCUACAAUGUUUCUGUUGAUGCCUGCAAAUUUUUAAAGACGCGAAAAUCGAACCCUGUCCAUAAAUAUCUUCUAGACUUGUUUAUUAGUCACUCAAAUAUAAAUGGAACUUGUCCAUAUCAUCCGUACAUGAUUGUGGAAAAGCUUACAACCAACUUUUUGAAUAAUCAGUUGACAAAAGUUUUGCCAUUUCCUGAAGGAAAUUACCUAAUGGAAUCCAAAUGGAUCACUGAUAACAUACAUCGAUCUUCGGUUAACGUAUAUGUAAGCAUUUUUUCCUAA